AUGAAGUCCGUCCUGCUGGGCCGGGUCCUGGCGCUGCUCUGGGCGUCCGUGGCUUGUGCCGACGUCCUGGUGCAGCCGGAUUUCGAUGCCGAGAAGUUCUCAGGUCUCUGGUACAUGGUCUCCAUGGCCUCCGACUGCAAGGUCUUCCUGGGCAAGAAGGAACACCUGCUGAUGUCCUCCGCGGCCGUCACAGCCACGGCGGGGGGCAACCUCAGCGUGCACAUGGAGGUCCCCGGCUCUGAGGGCUGCAGCCAGGUGGACGUCGAGUACCUGAAGGCCGGCUCCGAGGGGCAUUUCCGCGUCCCAGCCUUGGGCUUCGUGGACGUGCGCGUGGUGGACACGGACUACCGCUCCUUCGCCGUGGUCUACGUUUACAAGGAGCAGAAGGGGGCGCUCAGCACCGUCGUGCAGCUCUACAGCCGGACCCAGGAAGCGAGCCCCCACGCCCUGAGGGUCUUCCAGGACUUCUACCCGACCGUGGGUCUCUCGGACGAGAUGAUGGUCCUGCUGCCCAAGUCAGACGCGUGUGCCUCAAGGGACAAGGAACACCAUGAUGCCUGCGGACACUCACCUUGA